CAUGAAACCAUCUUGUAAAAGACAGGAACUAGAUGCGAUAAGGAUAACCCGCCCCACCCACUCACUCACUCACUCACUCACUCACUAGAUUUAUAUCGUUCAAUCUUCCCCUCCCCUCUCUCCCCUCUCUCUCCUCUCCCCCCUCACUAUCUAUCAUCUAUUAUCCAUCGACUUACAACCUCCACCCGAAUAAACCAACCAACCAACCAACCAACCAGACCCUACAAUGAAAAAACCCCUCCACAUCGCCAUCCUCGACGUCGACGUCCCCGUCCCAAACGUCUACGCCUCCCGCGGCCUCUACAGCUCCCAAUUCCAGCGCUUACUAGACGAUACGGCCUCGCGUCUGAGCAAUAACAGCAAGCGGACAAAAAUCCACACCACGGCCUUCGACAUCGUCGGGGGACAAUUCCCGCCGUUAUCCAGUCUGAACAGAAAGCCCCGGUCCCAAGACCACUUCUUCAACGACAACAGCCAAGAAGGCGAAGGGGACGAAGCGGAAGAAGACGAAACCAACCCCCUCGCGACGCCCAUCUCCGGAAUCCUCAUCACCGGCUCCGCAGCAUCCGCCUACGACACGAACAAGAAAUGGGUCUCUCCCUUGGAAGAAUUCAUCGUGACGGUGUUUGAGCGGUAUCCGCAUGUCAGGAUGUUCGGGAGUUGUUUUGGACAUCAGGUUAUUGCGAAGGCGUUGCUUUCGCGAUCGUGUCUGAGUGCUGGGGAGGGGUGUGGGGGUGAAGAUCCAGCAGCAGAGGGGCUUCGAGUCGAGUGCUGUCCUGCCGGGAAGGAAGUCGGACUGGCCACGAUGAAGCUAUCGCCUGGGUUCGUGGACGCGUUUCCGUGCUUGCAGGGGCGGACGGAGAUGCGGUUGCAGAUGGUGCAUGGCGAUUGGGUGGCCGGGAGGGCGGACGCGGUGCCGUCGCCGUGGAUCAAUAUCGGGUCCACGGGGGAUUGUCCCCUCCAGGGGUUCUACUACCCCGGGCGGGUGUUGACGUAUCAGGGGCAUUUCGAGUUCGAUUCGUUUGUGAAUCGGGAGACGUGCCUGGAGUUUGCGAGGAGGGAGGGGUGGGAUGAGGGGGACGUGGCGCGGUAUGUGGUGGCGAUUGGGGAGGUGGAUGGCGAUGGGGAUGAUUCCAAGUUGGCGGCGGAGGUGGUGGUGAGGUUCUUUGGGGGGGAAGCUGGUAUACAAGAGGUUGCCAAGUCACAAGAGGGCAAGGUUGGCUGGGUUAGAAGGCUGGUGGGCAGCAUCAUGAUAUGGUAG